AUGGAUAAUGGCAUGGGCAAGUGCACUAUAUUUGCGGAAGGAUGUCGUGGUCAUCUCACCAAGCAGAUUCUGGAGAAGUUUAAGUUGGUUAACCAUCCCAUGUCCUUUGGAAUUGGAUUCAAAGAGCUGUGGGAGUUGGAUCCAGCACAACACAAGCCAGGCUAUAUAGAGCACACCAUGGGUUGGCCACUGACGAUGGAUCAGUACGGCGGCUCAUUUGUAUACCAUAUCACUGACGAAGGACGGCCGCUAGCGCAAGUUGGCUUUGUGGUCGGUUUGGACUACAAGAACCCCUAUUUGAAUCCCUUCCAGGAGUUCCAAAGGUGGAAAACUCAUCCAUCGAUUCGAAAACAACUCGAAGGAGGUAAACGACUGGGAUAUGGUGCACACGCUCACAAUGAAGGAGGAUUCCAGACUGUACCGAAAGUAACGUUUCCUGGUGGUUGUCUUGUUGGAUGUACUGCUAGUUUGUUGAAUGUUGCAAAGUUAAAAGGAGUCCAAAAUGCCAUGAAAAGUGGAAUGCUAGCUGCGGAGUCGAUCUAUCCUGAGAUCAACGAAGAGGCUUCGUGUAAGUACUCAGCGGGGAUCGUUUAA